GUUGCGGCGCGCGCGGGCUGCGGGACCGUAGGGUGGCGUCGUCGGUGACGUCGCUUGCCAUGGCGGCCUGAGCGAGGAGCGACGGUCGGAGACGCCGCGGGAGCCGAGCCGGGGGGGACCGCGAGCCGAGCCGAGCCUGAGCCUACGCGCCUCCAGCUCUCGCAGCUCUCGGCGGCCGCAGUCGCCUCCUCGGCGCCAAGCCGCCCCGCGCUUCUCUCCUCGGAUGGUGCGGCGCGGCGCGCGGGUGGCAGGCAUGAGCGUGCCCGACUACACGCAGGCAGCCGAGGAGCACCAGAGCCUGCUAGUGCUGGUGCAGCCCGUGGGGGUGCUGUCGGAGGACGCGUUCCAGCGCGUCUUCGACCGCGUGGCCGCGCUCACCCAGGUGGGCACGCGCGACUCGAGCCGCGCGGUAUGCGUGCGCUACCGCCGGCACUACCCGCCUGACAACAACCACUGGGGGGACUUUCAGACGCACCGCAAGGUGGUGGGGCUCAUCGGGGUGGCGGAGUGCGCGUCUGCGCAGCGAUGGCCGCACACCUUCGAGAGCUUCCAGCAGCUGCGCACCGUGCACGCGCACUCGCUCUUCGACUCGCGGCUGUUGGUGCUCGGCAUCAGCGGAGAUGCGGCUGAGCAGCCGCGCUCCGACGUGGUGUUCUACCGUGACGCGGACUCGUGUGACGGCCUGGAGGCCCGCGUGGAGGAGUUCGUGGGGUCCCUCUUCAUCGUGCUUGAGUCCAAGCGGCUUGACCGCGCCAGCGAGAAGUCCGGUGACAAGAUCCCGCUGCUGUGCGUGCCCUUUGAGAAGAAGGACUUCGUGGGGCUGGACACGGAGAGCAGGAAUUACCGCAAGCGCUGUCAGGGCCGCAUGCGCAAGCAUGUGGGUGACCUGAGCUUGCAAGCCGGUAUGCUGCAGGACGCCCUCGUCAACUACCACAUCGCCGUGGAGACGCUGCGCUCCAUCAACGACUUCCUCUGGCUCGGGGCGGCCCUGGAGGGCCUGUGCGCCGCCUCUGUCAUCUAUCACUACCCCAACGGCACGGGGCCCAAGCCAGCCCCUCGCAAAACCUCGGGGGCACUGGCUCCACCAGACGGAGACCGCAAGCAGCGGUCAGGUGCUCAAGAGCUGCUCAUUGACCCAGGAACACUGACGAGUAACGGGCUGAGCGCUGAUCCCAGCACGGAGAUUGGCCGAACCAAGAACUGCCUGAGCCCGGACGAGAUUGUGGAGCGAUACCGCGAGGCCAUCGGCUUCUACGGGAAGUUCAAGUUGGCGAGCGUGGUGGAGCUGGAGGCAUGCAUCAAGGUGGUGCGCGUCCUUGCACUGCAAAAGAAGCGCAUCGAGGCCUCGGACUUCCUGCAGAACGCGGUGUACAUCCACACCGGGGUGUCGGAGGAGGAGCGGAUCCAGCGGUUUGCGGCGCUCGCUGACCUUUACGACCUCAUCGGCUUCCGCCGCAAGGCGUCAUUCUUCAAACGCGUGGCGGCCAUGCAGUGCGUUGGGCCGCACGUGGCCGAGCCGGGCUGGAAGGCGUGCUACCGCCUACUGCUGGACACUCUGCCUGGAUACAGCCUCUCGCUCGACCCCAGCCACUACAACCAGGGUCUGCACCAGGGGUGGCCGGCUGUGCAGCUGCGUGUCCUGCACGAGUUGGUGUACGCGUCCCGCCGCAUGGGAAACCCAGCGCUGGGUGUGCGGCACAUGUCGUUCCUGCUGCACACCAUGCUGGAUUUCUUGUCUGAGCAGGAGAAAAAGGAGGUGAGCCAGGUGCUGGAGACUUAUACAGCACGCUGCCCUGGCCACACCGCCACCAUCGAUGUGUGGGAGGGUCUCGCCAUCCCCGCCGUGCCGUUCACACGGCUGCCCAUUGUCCGAUCCCUGAAGCCCCUGAACCUGCCUCUGACCCUGCGCCCAGAGAGGCUGAAGGGGCGCGAGGGGCACGGGACCCCUGUCAAGAGCAGCCCCUUCAUCUACUCUCCCAUCGUGAGCCACACGCGGCGCGACCCCAACGACAACCCCAACAAGAUUGAUUUCCAGUGGGUGCAGGGGGACGUGUGCGAGGUGCAGCUCAAGGUCUACAACCCCAUGCCAUUUGAGCUGCGCGUGGAGAAUGUGGCCCUACUAACGUCUGGAGUUGAGUUCGAGUCCCUCCCUGCAGCUCUGUCUCUGCCAGCAGAGUCCGGCCUCUACCCCGUCACCCUGGUCGGGGUGCCGAAGACAACCGGCCAGAUCACCAUCCAGGGCUACGAGACUACCGUGUUUGGGGUGCGGUCGCGCUGCGAGGUGGCUGACCUGGCGCUGGGCGCCGCCGCCUCGCCAGGAGAUGGCGUCGGGGCAGAGGAGCCGGCGAUGAAGGGGAAAUCCAUCGCGGGCGCCUGCGAGGUUGUGGUGGUCCCAGCUCUGCCGCUCCUACAGAUCUCCACGUCGCUGUCACGGGCGGCCAGCUCCCUGAGCCCGACGGCAGGGGAGGAGGUGGCCGCGGGCAGCAUGUGCGUGCGCGCGUUCAACGGUGAGCCGCUCUCCGUCACCGUGCGCAUUCGCAACAUCGGCAAGGUCGCCGCCGAGACCCUGGAGCUGCAGCUCACGCCGGCGCAAAGCAGAGGUGAGAGUGUCUGCGACCUGCUCACCUGGGAGACUCAGGAGGUGCUUUCCCAGCUACCUCUCGCCCCUGGCGCUGUGGCAACGCUCACUCUGCACCUGCAGUCCCAGCUCGACUUCUCCUCCGAGGGCUUCCUGAUGGAGCUCCACGACGACACGGUGACGGUGACGGGGACCCCAUUCGCUAGCCCCGCGCGGCAGCUGAUGAAACCGCGUCUGGAAAUGCGAGCGCCAGGAGGGACACCGCCCGACCACAAGCACAGCGGUGCUGGCAGGCUCAGGACGCUGGAGGGGACGCUGGCAGUGCGCUACACCGGCGGGGCGGGCGGCGUGGCCGGGUACUACCGUCGAGUGACGCUGGGUGUGCGCGUGGAGGUGGAGCCCUCGGUGGUGUUUGCAAGGAUCGGCUCCCUGCCCGCCACCAGCUCGCGGCAGUGCCACCUCCUGCUGGACGUGCUCAACACCACGGACAUGGAGAUGCUCCUCAGUUCCCACGGCAACCAAGACCUGGCGCUGCACUCACACGAACUGAAGCGCGUGGCCGUGCAGGUGGAUAAGCUUCAGUGGGAGGAGCCUCCAGACCCGAGGGACUCCCCGGUUUGCAUCCUGGGUCCUGAGCGACCGGCACAGUCCCCGGUUGAGUGCCAAGAGAUCAACCAAAAACUUGACAUCCGGUGGAAACUCCUGUCAAGCGGGCGCGAGGGCGAGGCAAGCGUGGAGACGGUGCUGAGCACGGCCGUGCUGGAGCACCUGCGCCUUGCUCCACUGCAGUGGGUGGUGGAGAUGUGCGAGCAAGUGUGCGUGGGCGGAGAGAUCGUGCACUGCCUCGUGGGAGAGCCGGCACCAUUCACCGUGAUGCUCACCAACCACUCGUGCCGCGACGUGGGCCUCUUCACCAUGAGCGUGGAGCCGUGCCGGGACCUUCACAAUGGCGAGACGGAGACGGCCGGCAUAGCUCACGAGGUCGCCUUUGUGGGCUCCACCUCGGCCCUCAUUGACACGGUGAGCCCCGGUGGGAGCUACUCCUUCUCCUGCGCGCCGCUCUUCCUCUUCCCCGGAGACUAUUUCCUUGAAAUCAAACUCCAAGAGAACGGGGGCAGCACCCUGCCACCGGCGUGGCUCUGCCCCCCGCGAGUGCACGUCAGCGCAACUGUGCCGUGCUCCCCGCCCUGAAUGCCACGCCCCACCGCCCAGCCGGCGGGUUGACGCCGGCACACGGCGCCACCGCGGUUACGUCUUGUUUACGACACCGAGACCGCGCCAGGACCCAGCGACCCUUGCGGCCCAUGCUGGCGUCCUUGAGCACCGAGGGUGACACGGACAACGUGGGGGUCGGGGGAAGGGCUUCAGCAAGCUCCGGGCCGUAUUGGCACGAGGAAGCCACGAGCCGCCGUUUCCGCCGCUGCAGUGGCUGUGAAACGAGACGAGGGGUGAAGAGGGAGGCUGCUCAGUGUCGCUGUCCCCCACCUGUCCUUCGACCCCCACGCCUUGCCCACUCCAUCCUGCCCACCCCAUCGUCUGCCCCAUCACCCACCCCCCCUGCAUAAUGAGUCGAGUCAGGGCCUGACCGUGCCCCUCCUCGUCGCGUUGCUUUUAUAAUCCGAGUCUCUGUCGGCCGAUCCAUGUGUUGGCCAGGACUGCCGGACUCCCGGCGUGAAAUCGCAAUGCUGGGACGUUGGGGGCGUCGGUGGUAACCACGCGUCGGUUUCUGAUCGGCACCAGUGUACCAGUCUGCUGGCCGGUGCUGAUAUGCCGCCAACCUGACCUGUGUCAGUAUGCACGGGUGUCCUCAUCGGUACCCUAUGCCAGUGUCUAAACUGGCGCAGUAUCGCAGUGUCUGGCCCUACCGGGGUGUCGGUGUGGCCGGAGGCGAGGCGGCUGGCUUUGGAGUGACGGCAGGACCUCCUGCCUGACUGCUGCACCCGCCUUCGUCGCAAGCUUGAAACUGCUCAUUAUAUCCCGGUUAUCAUCAUCAUCAUCGUAAAUACCUUUGUCUCGCUUCACACAUGGCUGUAUAUUUUGGCGAGCCUGUGAGAGGCGGUCUCUGUGUGUCUGGGCCAAGUGGCUCUGUGCCCCACUCACGCACACCGAGCAACAGACACUGGGACACAGCGACUUACACUGAAACGGCUUGACUCGCAGACAGCCAUCUGUGGACACCACGACAGACCACAGACAGCGACAGAUACCGUGAUGCAGAUCACUCAAAGACAGUGGCAUACACAUCAUCACUGGGUUUACAAUUAAAAGCAGAAGUUACUCCAUACGAAAAAUAGAUUAAUUAUCAAAGUCUUGAAUGUGGUAAAAUUUUAAGUGUCCUAUCAACGUUUCAAACACAAACGCACAGACACGAGACGACACUCAGACACGAGACUACACACAGACGCGAGACUACACACAGACGCGACACUACACACAGACGCGACACUACACACAGACGCCACACUACACACAGAUGCCACACUACACACAGACACGACACUACAGAGACAUUACGGUAUAGGCACCUGGAUACGGCUUCAGCUCCCGUGGGGAGAUGGGGGAAGUCUGGUGAGUCUCAUCCUGGAUCAGGAAUGCGCGCUCCUGUAAAUAAUAAAAACUACAACGAAGCAAAAUAAA